AUUGGAUUCUGCCUUAAAGGGGCUGUGGAGGUCAUGAUUGGACAGGCUCUUAUGAAUGACGAUGAUCUGGCAGAGAAGAAAGCAAAAAAAUUCUAUGAACUCUUGGAAAAAAACUGGAGGAACAGUGUUUCUAUCUCCGCUCACCAAACCAUACAAGAAAACAAAUGGAAUAAAGAAGAUGACAUCCCCCUCACCAAAAAUGUGAUUGCUCUGAGAGACCAUCUCAGGCUGGUGGAAGACAAAGCAAGAGAGGAACUGACUCCACAAAUGAGUUUAAGAGCAUACAAGGCAUUAAACGAGACUGUUCUGGCACAGGUCAUUAUUUUCAACAAGCGGAGGGAAGGGGAAGCAUCACGCUUGACUCUUGAGAUCUACAAGAAAGCAAGCACAAGUGCCAUUAAUGAGGACAUCUAUGAAACCUUGUCACCACUAGAAAAGGAGCUGAGCAAGAUAUUAACCCGCAUCGAAAUCAGGGGGAAAAGAGGAAAGAAGGUUCCAGUUUUCUUGACGGAGAGAAUGAAAGAGUCGAUCGAUUUGUUGGUCAAAAGGAGAGAAGAAGCUGGUGUACCUGCUGAAAAUCCCUAUCUCUUUGCAAGACCUGGUGUGAUGACAAACAUACGUGGAUGUGACUGUCUGCGUAAAUAUGCAGAAGAAAGCAAAGCAGAAAACCCUGAACUCCUAAGGUCAACUAAAUUAAGAAAACAGGUUGCCACACUCUGCCAACUCUUGGACCUUAGUGAACAAGAGCUGGAGCAAGUUGCACGGUUCAUGGGUCAUGACAUCAGAGUACACCGGGACUUUUACAGACAGACUGACAAAACAUUUCAAAUUGCCAAGAUAAGUAAGCUUCUGUUCGCAAUGGAGCAAGGCACUGAGAGCUUUCGAGGAAAGAACCUUAACACGCUUCAUCCAUCAGUGUGCGGUGAAAGUCCCACAUCAGCUUCUGGUUUACAGAGACAAACAAAAAAAGGACGAGCGAAGAGAAGUAGAGAGGCCGAUGAGGGUAAGAUUUAAAGUUUAGAUUUAAACUUUGUGUUGUUAAAACCACCUACCAGUAAAAUGGAGUUCAAAACAAAAGCACCACAAUGAACUAUGUAUUCAUAAAAUCUAGGGUAGCACAAAUAUGAACAUUUUGGCUGAUACUGAUAACCGUUAAUUCUUUACAUUUGGAAGCCAAUAACAGAUAAAUUGGCUUGAUAAAUCUAAAUCCAAAUUUUGAUAUACUUUGAGAGCCUGAUUACAGAAACAAGUCUUACCAUUUAAAGGGUUAGUUUACCCAAAAAUGAAAAUGAGCCCAUAAAUUACUCACCCUGAAGUCAUCCUAGGUGUAUAUGACUUUCUUCUUUCAGACGAAUCCAGUCGGAGUUAUAUUAGAAAUUGUCUUUGCUCUUUCAAGCUGUUUCAUGGCACUCGGCGGGUGUUGCAUUGCUUCAGUCCAAAAGAAGUUAAAUAAAAAGUGUC